AUGCUACCUUCAAAUAAUCUGAAUAAUCUGUGUUGUCGCAUAUGCAACAUAAGUAUGAAAACAUGGAAUACAGAACGAAGAAAACUGCAUAAAAAUUCAUGCUGUGAAACAGCUAUAAUGUAUUGUCAUCGAUGUCCUGCAUGUAAUAAAGAAAUUGAAAGUCGAGCAUGUAGAUCACAUUUGAAACGAUGUGCUUCAAAGUUGAAUAUGGACUUAUUUAGCCUGAUGUCUUUAUCAUGUCAAGACCAUCGUUUCAUCAGACUUGACAAUGAAGAUGUUCACACUGCGUGUGCGUUGUCGUUAUCCAUGGAUGAUGAGGUGAAACGUAGAAAAUCUGAAGCGAUAUUAGCUGAAAAAAUUGCUCCUACUGAUUUGGGUCCACCAUCACACCUACUUUUGUCAAGUGAACAACGUGAGAACAUUUUUGCACAAAAGUUGGAAUCGAUUCUUCUUGAAGUUAAAAGAAUUGAUAAGCUUGAAAAAGAAUGUAUCAAGAAAAAUUCAUUCAACCAUACGAAACUUCAGUCUAGUCUUUGGAGUUUAGCCUCUACUGAGUUUAAUUCUCAAGAUAACAUCAGACAAAUAUAUUACGUAGACGAUUUAAUCCCACCAUUAAGUCCUACAAUAGGCAGUUUAAGUUCAGACAUCAUUUCAAUGUCACAAAUCCCUGGACGUUUUUCACUUCAUGCAAAGUUGGAAUGUGAAUCUAACAAUGUUAAUAAUGGAUGCGAUGAUUUGAAUCAUCAUUUUAAUGAUAUAAAGAAGGACUGCACUGAAAUGUUACCAAAUGCGUCUAAUAAAUCAUAUGAAAAUAUGCAUCAUACAAUGAAAUCAUCAAUUUCUUCAGUAAUCCCAUCUAAUUUUUCAUCAUUAAUGAAUAACGUUGGCAGAAAUCCAUUUCUUUCAAUGGUUGGAAAUAGUUUAUGCUCAGAUUUAUGCUUAAUUUUGGAUGAUGGUGAUUUGAUUCCUGCUCAUAAGUUUGUAUUUGCUGCUUGGAGUCUAAAUGUCAGUUACUUAGAGUCUGAUAUCCUACAAAUCCAUAAUGUUACAAAAGAUGAACUUAUCUCUCUACUAGAAAUACUAUACAAUGGAGAUAAAUCUAAUAUCACUGAAGAGUAUCUUGGUAAAUCUUCAGUAGCAAUGCAAACUCUUAUCAAUGACUGGGGUCUUACAAGUUCAAAUCGUCGAGUAGAUAUUAUAAAAACUGAUGAUUCUUGUUUAUCACAUCCUCCCCGUAAAUCACUGGUACGCAAUGUAGAAGAGACAAGUUGUGCACCUCCUGUCAUUUCAGUACAAUCAUCAUCGUUAUCAUCUCCACUGUCAUCGAUUUGGCCAGUGACUACACAGACUAAUAGUACAUACAUUGAAAAUUCUACUUACUUUCCAUUGACUACAAAUAAUUUGAACCAACAUAAUAUAAAUUCUAGUAUAUUAAAUAAGUCAGAUGAAAACACCAUUUUUGGUCUUAUGGAUUCCUCUUCAAAAUUACCUAUCCCAUCAAUUGAGGAAUCUAAACAAAGAGAAGAUGUGCAAGUAACUGUUGCAUCAUAUUCAUCUUCAUUAUUAUUACCUUCUAUAAGUGUAAAAACCCCUAAUAUCCAACCGAAAUUACACUCCUGUAAUCCAGCUCAAUUUAGUCGUGAUUUAUUUAUUUCAUCUGAUGACGAAAUCAAUGAUAAUGAUGAUUUCAACACUAACAGUAACUGUGAUCUUAAUAUUGAUAUCAUAAAUCAUCAUAACUAUCAAGAAAUUAUACAAUCUGCUAACAGUAAUAAUAAUGAUACUAAUGAUAUAUCAAUGACGGUCAUUGAUUUAACUCAGCCAGAAACAACAGUUAAGGAUUCGCCCAUUCUUAUCGUAAGUUCUCCUAGUUGUGAUGAAACUUUAAAAACUGAAGAAUCUCCACUUCUAAACGUUGACUCUUUCACUUCUCCCUGUACUACUUCAAAACAUUUGUGUAAUUCAUGGUUAGAAGAUGCAGCAACUGUAUCACCUUUGAUGAAACGUUUACUUUUAUCGAAUAAUGAUGAAUCGAUCUCAAAUUCCUCUUCCUACGUAACUGCUGCUGCUAGCAUUAACACUCAUGUUUGUAGUAGUAUCCAUAACAGUCUCAGUUCUAUCACACAUGUUGGAAAGUCUAUUCUGACUGAUUCAUUACUCGGUUGUUUCAAUGCAAACCCAUUUGAUGAUGGAAAUAUCGAAGUUGAUCCAAGUAAAAAACAGAAUCAAGUCAGUGACUAUUUGAUAAACAAUACUAACAUAGAGUAUCGUAAAGAAUCAUCUACAAGCGAUCAAUCAUUUACACCGGACAAACAAUUACAAACUCCUGUGCAUGAGUCUUUAAAUACAACACCAAUUCCUAUCACUCCGUUACCUAAAUAUGAGGAAAUGAUGACUCCGGAGUUGAAACGUGCUUUAUCAAGAUAUGGUGUUAAACCGCUACCGCGUAAGCGUGCUGUACUGCUUCUGAAAGAAAUAUAUGACCAACUUCAUCAAUACGAAGAAUUUGGUGACAAAUGUGAUGAGUCAAUACCUAAUAACAAGACAGAAGUGUUCAAAGAUAACAGCUUUGAACCUCAAAUAAAUCCUACGAAUAAAGAGAAUAAACGUGUCAAAUCAAAUAAAUCUAAAGUAGAAAUAAAACCCAGUGUUACAACUUCUACACAGGGUAAUAAUUCUCAACGGGUAUUAUCAUCAUCAACGACAACAACAUCGCGAUUAGUUAGAACAAUCACAACGGUCCAGUACCCACAUAAUCAUGAAGCUGCUAUCUUUGAACUUCCUGUCUUGGACAGUCCAGAUGUUGAAGAAUGCAGCAAAAAAAUAAGUGAAAAAGACAAGAAUAGUAUACAACAAUCUGUUUUGAAUUACCUGAAAAAUGAUACUAAUUUGUAUAUGAAUAUUUUAACUUACACGGUAAUUAGCAUAAUAAAGUAAACAUGUUCUUUGUAGCCAUUGGAAUUCGAUAUUGUACACAAUAUGCUUAAAUCUGCUGGUAUAAUAAUUGGUCAACAAAAGUUAAUGGAUGUUUUGGAUGAUCAGUGUAUAACAUACACCCUACGGAAUCGUGUCAGAAAUAAUGGCAACGGGUCAAGACUGAGAAGAACGAUGAAUCCAAAGAGAAAAAGGACAAACUAACGACUGCUGUACUGCAUCAAAGAAUGUUAAUUUUAUUCGAAACCCUGUACAUAUUCACUCGUACCAAAAUUAUAUUCUUAUUUGAAAAUCUGAACCAUUCCCAACUAAACACGAAAAAUCAGAUGGAUUACCAGAAUAUUACGCUUAACGCUUUCCUCCAAAUGAGCAACAGCACAUCUCGAAAAGUCAUUCCUAUUUCAUCCAUAAGCACAACAGUUUCAUGGAUCUCCAAAUACCUGAAAAAUAUCCAUACACAAUUAAAUAAAACAAAACAACUCCGAAAAAAAAACUGCCAUAAAUAUACCAUCACACAAGCAGAAAAAGUUGAAUAUCGCCACAACUACGACCAGAAAACAACGAACAGACAAAAAAAUUGCCCCAAGAUCUCUCCCCCAAAAAACCCUGAAACAAACCCACCACAAAAAUAUCUCUCACCUCAUCAAACCGUACAACAAAAACCCUAACCGAAUGAAUCGUCAAAUAAAGUGCGCAGGCGCAAUAUGUGUGCAUUGAGGCGGGGAACCACCCGUCCUUAAAAGUGAAAGAUCCCUCAUAAACAAGUACAUUUGAAAGGUGAUCGAGUGAUGACGAUGGUUUUUGUUGGUUGACGAGCAAGCAGUAUGCAGAGUGAGUGUGUGGUUGAGGGUGAGAGUGUUGUGCACGGGCACCUGUGGG